AUGGUGUCCGUGCCCGGAUCUUCUGGUCACUCUGGAUUUCACUGUGGGUCCGACAAGGAGAUGUCAAGAUCAAAGAUGAGCCAGGAAUCGGCUCGUCGACGGAAGCUGCAGAACAUCUUCUACCGGAAGCAGCUCAACGCGUUCCUUCUGGAAGAUCACGUGAUGACAGUGAUGAGGCCGAAGCUGAUCGGAGAACGUCAAGGCCCCGUUAAACCCCUGCCUCAAGUUUUCGACCUCAUGGUCGCGAUCACCAGCCUAAUGAACAAGUUGGAAGAAGCUGGGAUCGUUGCUGGAGCCUUUGACGCCGACGUCGUGUUUGAGCUCAGCUUGACCACCGUAGAGGAGUCGUUAAAGCACUUGUUCAAGCUGCUGAAGCCGCUGGUUGGAGCGACAGCGUCGCUGUCGAGCCAUAGCCCGACGGAAGACUACCCGACCUCUGCCUCCCCACACACAGGGUUUGCGUCCGCGAAAGCGUCGGUGUCUUCGGACAUCGGCUCGGAUAGCUCGACCAAGCCAAUGAGGAUGACACUUGGACCGUCUGGUGCAGCCAUGCUCAACACGAGAAAGAUCAAGGAAGAGAAGCCGCAGGUUGAUGCAUGCCACGAUCAUACCCCAGACAAGGAGCCCGGAAAACCCAAGGCCGUGAAUUCGAUGACGAGAACCCCACCAGAUAUUGGCUGGGACCUCAGACCGGGUGAAUCGCGAGGAUACUGGAAGUAUAACUCGCCCGACAAGUGGUUCAAGCAGGCGAAGAUCACUGGGAAGAUCAACAACUCGAUGGCCACAAUGCUUUUGGACUCUGGCGCAGAAGUCUCAAUCGUGGACACCACCUUUGUUCAUGUCUACACGACGUUGGGGCGCACCACGAUCAAGGCCACGGUGGCCGGGUACCUGGUGUAUUUCUUCGAUGCUUGGGUUGGUGCUCUCGCUGGUCAGGAUGUGAUCUUGGGAAUAGACUUCAUGGUCCCAGCCGGUAUCCGCCUCGAUCUUGCCGACGGCAUGAUGUGUUUGGCCGACGAAGUCAGGAUCCAGCUAUCAGGACGACGCCCGCCGUAUGGUCGAAGCACGCACUCGCUAUUGCUGGAGGACGACGUCGCGAUCCCCGUCGAGCCCAAGCUAGUCGCGGAAGAGGAGAUCACCCAUCAAGGUGACCAGGCGAACGAGGAAGGAGAGAUUCAUGCGGAACCAGAGGCCGACCUCACCUUGGAUGCUCAAAUAACGGAGCCCACUCUCGUGGAAGACGCCCCAGCAGAAGAAAUUCCAGAAGAACCGAGGAUCGAAGAACUGGAGGAGCCAGCGGAGACCCAAGAAGACUCUGAAGGGUAUUUCCACGAUGGUGGCAGUCUCUCUGCGAAGGAUCUCGAUGGACAGACGGUCAUCUUGCCGGAGAUCGUUAACACGACCGUAAAAGUCAAGAUCGAAGACGUCCAAGCUGGAGACCCCAACCCCGAUCGCACACAACGUGUUCGCCGAGUAGCGCCUCAAUAUCGUGAGAAGUUAUCCGACUUUAUCAAGGGUCUUCUAGCCGCGACGAUUAUCGCCCCUUCCACCUCUCCGUGGGCGUCGCCGAUCGUGAUCAUCAUCAAGAAGAACGGGGUCGACAUUCGUCUCUGCAUUGACUACCGCUUGAUAAACUCGCUCACUCGGCUGAUGGUGUACCCCACGCUGCUGAUCAACGAUCUUUUGGAGGACCUUCACCAAAUUCUCUGGUACUGUUCCUUGGACAUGGCGAGCGGAUCCUGGAACGCGCCGCAAAUCUACCAGCGGCUUCUUGAGAAUGCUCUGUACGGAUUCCUCAAGAUCGGAAAUGGCGAGGACCAAGCAGAUGUGUUCAUCUCAGGAGGGCCAGAGAUGGGUCACGGAUCUUCGGUGCUGGGACGACGGUCGUACAUCGACGACAUCUUGGUCACUGCCAAUUCGUGGGACAAUCUCUGUGAGACGGUUAAAGGACUGCUCGACGCCUGCGAUCGUUGGAACUUGUCGGUCAGCGCUGGCCUGGAAGCUCGCCCCAAGGACUUGGAGUCGCUGUGUAACUUGCCGUUCCCGCAGACCCUGCGUGCGAUGCAGUCAUCCCUCAGCAGUUUGAAUUACUACAGCCGCUUCAUCGACGACUUCGCCGUGUAUGCCGCGAUCUUGUACGAACUGCGUGGGUCGAAAUUCGACGAGCUUCGUCACCGAACAAAGAUCGUGGAUCAUCCAGUGCAGACAGGGGCCGUUGACCAAGCCGAGAUCGAUGAAGACCGCUGGACGAGAGCCAUGGUCGCGUUCAUCAUGUUGAAGCCGGAGAUCGUGUCGACCCCAAUCCUGAAACACUUCGACCCUGAUCUCCCACCAGUGAUCGUAGUUUACGCGAACAAGUGGGCGAUCUCCGCAGCCUUGAUGCAGGAGCAUGAUGGCGUGUUCUGGCCAGUGACCUUCACCAGUCGCAUCUUGAAGACGAACGAACUGAAUUACGGUAUGGUCAAGAAGGAGGUCUUGGCAUUGCUCAGAAUCUUGGACGUCUGGCACACUAUGCUGGUCUCCCAGACGAUCAAGUGGACGUUGGAUAUCGUGCGGUUCGCGAAGGGCGAAGACGAAGUCUUAGGAACCCUUGCCGCGAACAUCACUCCGCGAGAAGAGGUUGACGAAACCAUGGUAGCGGUCGCCCCGAAGAAGCAGUCUCAGCAAGUUAUCAUCGCGCUCACGCCGACGGUCGAACUGGGCGAAGAGCUGACCGUGACGAUCAUCACCGCGUCGUCGGCAUACGCGACCCAGAUGACCGUGAACGAGGCCGAAUAUAAUGGGUUGAUCUUGUGCCUGGAUCUCCUGGCGAACCUUGACAGGGGACGCUUGGUGAUCUGCUACGACUCCAACUUGGUGAUCCGCCAGAUGCGAGGCGAAAUCGCAUGCAAGGCACCCGCUCUGCAGCUCCUGCGCGAGAAAGCGAUGGGGAAACUCUCGUCGUGGCCUCAGCACGAGUUCAUGCACGUCAAGCGGGAAUGGAACCGGAGCGCAGAUCAGAUCUUCGAGGACUUGAUCACGCUCAACCUGAAGACAAAGAGCGAGGGCAAUGCCGUUCACAUGUCGGUCAUCGCCGAUCUGAAGACGUACCUGACAGGGGACGUAGCCGAUCUCACCGCGAAGGACGCUCUAUCGUGUGCGAAGAUCGCCGACUCGUACCAAGUUGGCGAUGACGGACUUCUGCAGUAUUGUCCGCCCUCUGCCUCGAUAGAAGAUGAAGAUCGCGACGCGGUCGCCAAGCUGGAAGCACUCGUCGUCGCGAUCGCGAUCCACGUCGAUGGCGAAACCAUGUGCAGCGUUAUUACCAGCGAAGUCGUCAACGAGCGUCUGCGUGAAGCUAUUCGUGAUCGACCCGACCACCAUAACGACGGUCUACGUCCGCAUAACAUCAAGGCCGGAGACCAGGUAUAG